CUUUGAAAGAGGGAAAGAAAUAAAACCUGAACGGAGUAGGACUGGGGCAAAAGUCUGAGAUCAUUGCUAUGGAAGUGCAAUUUCUCAUUCCGUGUUUCCCUCAGAUUUUGCGUGCAAAGCUAUCGCUGCUGCGUUCUUCCCUUUCUUCUCCAAAGAUCGUUUCUUUUUCACACAUUCCUCAACUCAAAAGGUUGGCACAACUUUUUCUGGUUCUGGUUGUAGAUUCUAGGGUGGCUGAAGGAAGAUAUAUUGUUAUUUCAAUUUCAUGGAUGAGUGUAUAUAUAUUAGUUCGUCAGAUGAUGAUGAGUUGGAGGAGAUAGAUCCGCAAUGGGCUACAAUUACUGAGAGGAGUUCAGACUAUGGUAGGCGGGAUAAUUCUUCGAGAGGGGCUAAUAGUUCAAACCUUAGUUCUUCUAGUGUUUAUAAUCAUUCACAAAUCAAACCUCAUACACUACCUGUGUCCAGUACCAAUGCACUGAACCACAGAAUUGAACAAAGAGAUGAACCUUCCUACCAUGCUCAGAAUGGAAACAGAAGUAUGCAAGCUUUCAAGAGGACCCUUCCUUCAACUCUUCAGCCUUCUGCAACAAGGGCUCUUCCUUCUCCUUUAUUUGUGUCAGACAUCAGAUCAAGCAGCUUAAAAGAUAACACAGGCACUAGUCAUGUUCAUGAUGCAUUUAAGAAUCGUCGCCAGGGAGUAGGGCCUAGCAUAUCCGGUGACAGGGGCUACAUUCGUGACAGUCUUAUCAGGGGCCAUGACGAAGGUCAUUCAUUGUAUCAAAAUGGUGGGAACAGGAUUCUUCCACCAUCUUUGGUGCUUGGAAAGGCCAUAACUCCACACUUUGCAAUUUCUAGUGAAUCUGCAUAUCGUUCUGGAAUAGGUGAUGAAAGGUCUGCUGAAAGUGAUGAGAGACUUAUUUAUGAGGCAGCAUUACAGGAUAUCAGUCAACCUAAAACAGAACAUGACUUACCUGCUGGUGUAUUGUCUGUCUCUCUUCUGAGACAUCAGAAAAUUGCAUUGGCUUGGAUGCUUCAGAAGGAAACCAAGAGUUUGCAUUGCUUGGGGGGGAUUUUGGCUGAUGAUCAGGGCCUUGGGAAGACAGUAUCAAUGAUUUCACUCAUUCUGGCAUUGAGGUCAUUACAGUCAAAAUCAAAAACAGAUGAUGUGCGCAAUUAUAAAACUGAAGCUUUUAAUUUGGAUGAUGAUGAUGACAACGGUGGUAUAGAUGUGGAAAAGCAUAAAAAUAGUGUGGAAGCUGAUGAUUUGUUUCCUAAUAGAGAACCUAGCAGUUCAAUACAUGCACCUAGUAGAAAAAGGCCAGCUGCUGGUACCCUAGUUGUCUGCCCUGCCAGUGUUAUGCGGCAGUGGGCCAGGGAACUUGAUGAAAAAGUUGGAGAUGAAAAGCUUUCUGUUUUAGUUUAUCAUGGGGGCAGUAGGACUAAGAAUCAUCUAGAACUUGCAAAAUUUGAUGUGGUUCUAACAACAUACUCUAUUGUGACUAAUGAAGUUCCUAAGCAACCAUUAGUUGAUGAUGAUGAUAUUGAGGACAAAAAUGGGGAAAGGUUUGGGUUAUCCUCUGAGUUUACUGUUAAAAAAAGGAAAAAACCAAUUAACGGAAGUAAGAAGGGUAAAAAGGGUAGAAAAAGAAUUGACAGUUCUAUGAUAUGUCCUUCUGGCCCUCUUGCAAAAGUAGGUUGGUUUAGGGUUAUUCUAGAUGAGGCUCAAACAAUAAAAAAUCAUAGAACUCAAGUGGCUAGAGCUUGCUGCAGCCUUAGAGCCAAAAGAAGGUGGUGCUUAUCUGGAACGCCUAUUCAAAAUACUAUUGAUGAUUUGUAUAGCUACUUUAGAUUCUUGAAGUAUGAUCCUUAUGCUGCAUAUAAAUCAUUCUACAACACCAUAAAGGUUCCUAUUUCCCGAGAUCCCAUUCAAGGUUACAAGAAACUUCAAGCAGUUUUAAGGGCCAUAAUGCUACGUCGUACAAAAGGAACUUUGCUUGAUGGGAAGCCAAUAAUCAAUUUGCCUCCUAAAACAAUUGAGCUCAGUAGUGUGGAUUUCUCCGUUGAGGAGCGAGCCUUCUAUACUAAGUUGGAAUCAGACUCACGCACUCAAUUUAAGGCAUAUGCUGCUGCUGGGACAGUGAACCAAAACUAUGCUAAUAUUCUUUUAAUGCUCUUACGUCUUCGACAGGCUUGUGAUCACCCACGUCUUGUUAAAGAUUUCGAUUCUGAUCCUGUUGGGAAGGAUUCUGUUGAAAUGGCGAAAUCUCUUCCACGGGAAUUGCUGAUUAAUCUGUUUACUUGUUUGGACGCAACCUUUACCAUCUGUCAUGUUUGCAAUGAUCCCCCUCAUGGCCCUGUUAUUACAAUGUGCGGCCAUGUUUUCUGUUAUGAAUGUGUACAGGAAUAUUUGUCUGGUGAUGAUAAUACGUGCCCUGCUGUUAAUUGUAAAGAAAUAAUCGGUGAUGAUCUUGUUUUCUCCAAAGUUACUUUGAAGAGUUGUAUCUCUGAUGAUGGUGGCACUUCUAGUUCUUCAGAUUCACAUCUUAGUGAUUAUUUGCUAGUGCAGCGAGAUGAUUACAUUUCAUCUAAAGUCAAAGCUGUUCUUGAGGUUUUGCAGUCAAAUUGUAACGUGAAAAUAUCUAAUUCUGACUUAUCGAACUCUGGAUGUUGUAGAGAUUUGCCGUCAUCUUCUGUUGAUCUAGAUCUUGAUGACAAUGAUUCAGAGGCUAGGGUUGCAAAACACACAAGAAAGUAUUCAGAGUCCACAACUCAAGGACCGAUAAAGGCUAUAGUUUUUUCCCAGUGGACUAGCAUGUUGGAUUUAGUUGAGACAUCAUUGUGUCAAUUUGGUAUACUGUACAGGAGACUUGAUGGUAGGAUGACUCUGGCUGCAAGGGACAAAGCUGUUAGGGAUUUCAAUACUGAACCUGAGAUAACUGUUAUGCUGAUGUCACUAAAGGCAGGAAAUCUUGGUUUGAAUAUGGUUGCUGCUUGUCAUGUUAUUCUUUUGGAUCUUUGGUGGAAUCCAACAACUGAAGAUCAAGCUAUUGAUCGAGCCCAUAGAAUUGGGCAAACUCGUCCUGUUACUGUGACAAGGAUUACUAUAAAAAAUACCGUUGAAGAUCGGAUACUGUCUCUUCAGGACGAAAAGCGAAAAAUGGUUGCAUCUGCUUUUGGGGAAGACCAUGCUGGUGGGUCUGGAACUCGCCUUACAGUGGAUGAUCUGAAAUAUCUCUUCAUGGUCUAGAUUUGGUAGGAGAGGCUUGGUUGAUCCAAGUGGUAAUUUGAUCUGUUUUGAAGCCCACAAGGGCAAUUUUGUCCUCCAUGCUGUUAUAUAGCUGAAGGCUGUCUGUAAAUAUUCUUAUUAAAUUAUAAUGUUUUAUGAAAAUAUGACCUUCUGCAACAACCCUUCCUUUUGUUGCAGUGUACAGUUUUCUAGCUAGAUUGAGCAACUCAAUGUAGACUCUUAUUUUAGAACAAAUUCAAAAGUUUAAAUGAAUAUCCUUUCUAUUUGCAA